AUGAAUCAAGCAGAAGACGUCGAGAUUAUUCUUGGCCACAAACGCCGCUACAAGUUCCACUCUGGCACACUCGCAAGGAACUCCACGCUGUUCGCUGAGAUACUGAGCGAGCGCAACGCAGCUAAGCUGAACAGUCGCGCGAGGAGCGCUGGCAUCGAGAUUCGCUGGAUGAUCGAGCUCACGCGCCUACCUAGCAAGCAAUUUCCAGCCGGUUGUCUUGAGCUUGUGGAAAUGACACCUACUGGUGAGCGCGCGGACAACCGCAACGGCUUGGUCGUGAAUGAGAAUGGCCGCAUCCCUCAAGCUGAUAAAGCAUACCAAAAUUACGAAUCCAUCCUCUACGCCUUCUACAACAAGCAGCUCACUGUGGAUGAUACGGAAAUGUCCGCAGCGCUAUCUGAUUGCUACCAGCUCCUCCAGAUCUCGGACUAUCUAGGAUGCACUGGCCUGAUCUCUAAACCCAUCGAAGUCGCCCUCUUCAAGCACGGCCAGGACCUCUUUCGCGCGAUUCAGGGCGUACCACAUGCGUGGAUUGAGAUGGCGUACCGCAUCCGCAGUGAGCUAAUCUUCAAAGAAUGCAUCGUCCACCUGGUCGGUGACUGGAAGAACCUCAAGACCCGUCCCGACAUCACCGAGCGUCUACGCGACGUACCCAGCAUGCGCGCUCUGAUCGAGAAAUACCAUCGCGCCCUCCUGGACAAAGCCAGGUCCCUCGAACUGAGCAUUCUUUCACAUUACCCGCAAGCCAUGCGGCUGCCCUCCGAAGACCUGCCUAUCAAGCGCGAGUCCUACGCAAAGGACAUCCUAGUCUGGAUGGCGCUCAGCUUCUUCCGGCACUGGGUCUCGCAGCGCCUAAUCACAGGCAGAGGCCGCGACGCCCCGGACUGCGGCUUCGACUUGUUCUCCUCUCUCGGCGCGGGCGGCGACAGAUACAUGGACAAGUCUGUGAUCAACCAAUUCCACACACGCUUUCCCAUGACCAAGAAAGCCAUGAAUGUGCUGGAAAAUCACCUAUUCGAGAUCAAAGAAUGCAUCAAAGGCGUCGUCAACGACUCCAAGGUGCUGAGAAGCCAGUGUCAGCUAGAUGUGCAUCGCUUUCCGGUCAAGUAUUUGACGUGCACGGAGUUCGCGAGAGAGGACUUUCCGUGGCUCAAGGAGGAGAGGGAGGCGAGGAAGCUGCCCGCCAAGAGGGCGUUUAAGCCGGGAGGCAAUGAGAUUGCGAGGUUGAAUCUGGAGACUGCAAGGAGGUUUCAGAGGGGACCUAGUGCGGAGGAGCAGAAUGAGCUGGAGUAUGAAGAUGAGGAGAUGCAUGCUGAGUACAAGUGUGAUGUGACGAAGCGGAUGAGGUAUGAGUGA